AUGACCGAACUCUAUGCUGCUGCCGACUUUUGCUUGAUCCCCAUGGGCACGCCCACGACGUCCGUUGGUGCCUACGUCGCCGAGUGCCAGCGGGUCCUGGCGAGUAUGGCCGAUGACGGCAUUCGCUACGAGCUGCACGGCUACGGCACGAAUGUCGAAGGCCCCAUCUCAUCCGUGUGGCGCGCGCUACAGCGAUGCCACGAGGCUGUGCACGCCAUGGGCGUCGAACGCAUCGCCACGGAUAUUCGACUGGGCACACGGACGGACAAGCACACCGAGUCGCCCGCCUGGUCGCAAGGCCUCUCGGAGAAUGAGCGCAAGCGCGAAAGUGUACGUCGUCGCUUGGCGGGCCUCGGUGAGUCAUGCCCGCCGGCCGCUUCCUCCACAUAG